AUGGAGUGCCUUCACGGCCGUAUUUCGUACGCCUCAUGGCGUCUAAGGGUCUUUCAACGGCUUUUCUUAUCCUCUACGGAACUCAAUGGUCGGAGAACCGUCUCGAGACGUGCAGUCCACCCAACCACUCCGAACGGACCACAAUUCCAGCACCCCGAAUACCCAAGGGAACCGGGCCAACAUGACGACGUAGAGUCCAGUGAAGCAGAGGAGCCUCGACUCUCGGAAACCCUCCCCCAAUCGCCAUUGAUGAAGACUGUGCACCCCAACCUCGAGAAGAAACACAAGAAGCGUGCCCCAAAACCUGAAGACCUGGAAGACCUCCGCCGGAACCCCUGGGCAAUGGCCUUGGCCACACCUCCACGGAUGUGCUCUGCAACAGGAACACGCACUCCUAGGGCAUUUCUGAGCGACUGGGGGAUGCUUAAACGGCCCGGGUCCGGAGGCCUAUGGUUCAUGCCCCUUGGGCUACUGAGACAGGAAGUGGCCGCUGCUGCCGCCAAAAAUAAAUCGUUGCGACACGGCGACCCUAAAGCUCUGCCGGUGGCUUUUAUGGACAAGAGCAUACGGCACCUUGCGAUACGACUCGUGGACCGUCUCCCGCUGUUGAAAAGAAUGAAUUCGCUUUUGGCGUCGCACGUGUACGGGACGAGGUCGCCUGUUGCGCGCCUAUUCCCCUAUCGGUGGAAACAUCCUCACGGGCCUUUUACUAUUAAGGAAGAGAAACAGAUCAUCUGGCGGGAAGAUAUGCCUGACUUUGUGCUGUCAAGAAUGAGGGCGGAUGUGGUCAAGAAACUUAAAAAGGCCUGUAAUAAGUAUAAAAGAUUGGAUGCUACUAACCGCGUCUGGACGGCUAUUGACCUCAAUGAGUAUUCCGAGGCAGCUAUUCUGGAAGAGUUAAAGAGGGUGGAGCCCUUCACGCGCAUGGAAUGCGGUGCGGUGUUGGUUAUGGGCACUCUCAUUAACAGCCAGACUGGGGUGAUCGAAUUAGUCUCACAAGAUAAAGCAACAUUCAAUGCUGUGGGGACACUCCCUGAAUAUCUUGCGUUGCCGCAUCUCCCAUCCAAAGUACCUGUGUUUGAACUUGCGCAGCUUUUCUCCGAGAAGGAGUUAGAGGAGAUUCGGGGUUAUGAUCCGCGCUUCGAGAGUCCAGCUUUGUAUUUUAGGCCGAAUGACAAGAUCACGGUUAACGCGAUGCUGUCGUUAUGGAAGCUGAAGGGAUUUCUCAGGCAUGACUCGGCUGGCGAGACUCCAGGCGACAAUGAUGGGUCGCAGCCGUGA